AUGGCCACUGGGAAAGUGGUCGGCGAUGUGGUGCAGUAUCGCCUGGAUACUCCUAUUGCAAGUGGUGCCUUCAGCACCGUGUGGCGGUGCACGGAGCUCUCAUCAGGGCAGACCUACGCCAUGAAGAUUGUGGAAAAGAGGGUCGCCGUGCGAAACAAGAUGACAGGGGCUCUUAUUCGUGAAGUCAACGCACUCGAGAUUGGUGGCAGCUCCCCGUACGUGACUGGGCUUGUGGACAAGAUGGUAUCGAAACACAAUUACUACAUUGUCAUGGACCUCGCCGAGGGUGGAACGCUGCUGGACAUGAUUCGUGAGCGGCGUCAGGAAUUGAAGCAAGCGCAGGUAUCGUUGCCUAGUGGCCGCUCUCUGCUAGACUCUCUGCAGUUGUCGAGCACGCCGUUCAUGCCUUACGAUCGAGUGCGGCACUACUUCAAGCAGCUCCUGCUGGCGCUGUCCACACUGCAUGACCGCAACGUUGUCCACCGUGACGUCAAGCCGGAGAACAUUCUGCUGAACAAACGUCGGACACGAUUGGUGCUCUCCGACUUUGGUUUUGCGUGCCAUUGCAUGCCUGGGGUUAAAUUGCACCGCGCAUGCGGUACGCUGAAGUACUGCGCCCCCGAGCUCCUUCGUGAGUAUCCUUCCUACGAUGGUCGAAAGAUCGACGUCUGGGCUGCUGGUGUCACCCUCUACGUGAUGCUUUUCGGCGGCUUUCCGUACCGCUGCCCGCGUGGCGACCCCGAUUCGUUACUCGAGGUGAUCGAGACGACUACAUAUCGCAUCCCACGCCCCAUCCCGGCUGGCAUCGAGGACAUUUUGCAGUGCAUGUUGUGCGUAGACUCAGAUCAGCGCUGGUCUAUGAAGCAGCUUCUAAACCACCCGUGGAUGUCAGGGUUGGAGCUGAACUCCCCUCCAUCGCGUGCCUCCGCUGGAGAGGGGCUGACGUCGCCCACCACCACCAUGCCAAAUACCGCGGAGGCGAUUACGGAGAUGCUCUCCGAGGGCUGUUCACCCAUGGACUCCUUUCCGUUCGACGAGGAUGAUGUCGAUGACGGCUUCUACCAAAGCAUUCAUCAUGAGCAGCUCAACAGCAGCGUGAGCAGUGACUGCCACAACAGUACCACCCCAAGGCAGAAGCCACGACAGCGGCCCUUGCAUGCUGACUCAGGGGCCUCGCAGGGGGAUGUUGUCUCCCUUUCUUCUCCCACCUCGCUGCUUCACAGCGGCGAAUCGGAGACCCGAAGCGCAUCAGCAGCCUUUGCCUUACUCACGCCGCCCUCCCAGCUCUUGCGCACCUCUACCAAGCAGGAGAUCCUUCAGCACGGCACUGAGUUUACCUCCAUGGCCUCCAUCGAGAGCUCCGUCGCGAGCGACGAUGAGCGAGAGGAGGACGAGGAAGAGGAAGAUGACUCUGAAGACGAUACCCAUCACUGGGACGAGAUGGAUGAGGGUGCCGUGGCUACAGACCACAUCAGGAGCGCCUCCAAGGGUGACAACCUCUCCAAAGACGCGCCGUGCGCGAGCGACGCGCAACUCUGUGAACUCUGGGGUCGGUACUCAUACGGUCUGUGGCUGACCGCGCGCAUUGCGGCUCACCUUGUCGCCUUCAUCGCUGUUUGUUUCGUGGCCGUAGCGCUGCGUGUGCUUCUGAAGUGCGACAUCAUCGACCUCCCAUUGCCGGAAGGCAUGCGUGACUACAUUUCCUUUGUCCUCUCCACCCCGCUGCGCCGUCCCCGUGCUCACCUCAGUGACGCUGCGCUGACACUUUCUCAGUCACCUGGAGGGUCUUCUACGGCCUCACCGCUCGCGCUUCUCCAGAAAGAUAGCCACGGUGGCAGUAGCGCUCAUUGUCGCUUAAUGGCACCGCCUAUUCCAGGUUCUGGGCUGCGGCACUACGUGCGCAGGGCAGAUAAGCUCAUGCGGGACUCGUUCAUGGGCAGUGUCGUGCUGUCGCACAACAUCCCCCUAGUGGACCUUGCCCAUCGCAAGAUGGCUGCACCCUACCCCCAGGAACUGUCAGUGGAUCACUCCCUUUCCUCGACGCCUGCCGCGCCGAGCCUCGCUACGAUGGCACCAUCACAGUCCUCCGCGGUUCGGCAACCCAGGGAAAGAGAUGAAGCGGCAACCACUGAGGCACGUGCAGAGAGCGUGGAGGGGGCCGUCUUGUCUAUGCCGCCGAGCGCAGAGAAGAGUAAACGAAAUGCAAAUCGCCCGGGGCCACCAGCCAGCGGAGACGAGGGGAGCGGCAAAGAGGAGCGUGACUGGCAGGAAAGAGACUCAUCGCUACGCAAGAAGUGUAGGAGAACUCAGUCGCCACGUCCGCCGCUGGUAUUAGUGGAAGACCCCAUCUCAGUGACGACUGCGGCGACAACCUGCCUGGACACCACGGCCAACCCCAAGACAUCUCUGAGGAGCGAGGCUCACGUGGACUCCCAGGCGGGGGCGACCGACGAUACAGGCAGCGGUGACAGUGCGCUGGACAAGCCAGCUUACUUGCCUCAUCACAACUUCAUGUUCUCUCCUAUUUCUCCUAUGCCAAUGGUGCCAGGCGACCAUCAGCGCGGCGUGGAGGACUUCCCUAUUGUGACCAAGAUGGGCCAUGCAUGA